AUGUCUACAUUUGUGGAUGUGAACAUCAUUAAAUACCUUUGUUCUUGUGGGAAAAAGCAUCCAAUAUGUCGUUUAUUUUUAUGUCGACAUUGUUUGAAACUUAGAUGCGGGGACUGUGUACAACAUGAGGUUGACACACCAUACUGCCCAAACUGUUUGGAGAAUAUGCCAUCUGCUGAAGCCAAGCUUAAGAAGAACAGGUGCAGUAAUUGUUUUGAUUGUCCAAGCUGUGGACAUACAUUGACAACCAGGGCCACUAGUACAAGUGUACCUGAUCCUGAAGACCCUAACAAGACCACACCUAAGAAGAUGUACUACAUGGUGUGUGGUUUCUGUAGGUGGACCACCAGAGAUGUGGGGAUCCAGGACAAACCAAUGGCCAGUGGCGGAUGGGAAGACUUGGAGAACAAGGAUGCUAAGCAGAUUUUCUCUUUGCUGGAAACAUAUGAGAAAAUUGCGCAGAAGGAAAAAGCUGAAAAGGAACGGAAGAAAUAUGUCAGAAGGAGAAGUUACCUCAGCUACACAGCUGGCAUGGAUAAAUAUGGAAUGGUUUCUGUUGCUGCAAAGAGGAAGCAGGGCAAUCUGGCCAGUUUAACCAUCAAGGAAAAUGAAGAAGUCAGCUUUGCAAGUGUAAAGCCAUCUGAGACUGUCAAAAUGUUUGAUCCACUCCCAGAGAGUAUAUUUACAGAACCAAUACAAUUAGAUAAGAUGAGCACGAUCAGCCAGAGACAUGCUUCCCCGGAGUUCCAGCCCAGUGAGAGCAGCUCCCUGUAUCCCCUACAUAAACACCUGCUCAUCAGGAGGUCCCUUAGGUGUAAGGAAUGUGAGCAUAACUUAAGCAAACCAGAAUUCAACCCAAUAUCCAUCAAGUUCAAGAUCCAGCUUAUUGCCUUGCACCAUAUACCAGAGAUAAAAAUUUUCUCUCCACCAGAGCUGGUUCUGAAGAAGGAGUGUAAGGUAAUACUGACUGUGACGAACCCCAGUGUUUACAAUAGCAGCAUUGCUUUCUUACCAGUGGACCCCAAGGAGGAUAACUUCAGUACUGCUAAGGUAGAGCUGCCAAAACAAGCCAUUGUUGUAGCCCUUAGAGAUGAUGCAGCCUUGUAUGAUGAUGCAAGUCAUGGUCAAGAAGCAUUCAAAGAUGAUUCAAGUGUCAUAGCCUACAGAAAGUCAAAUAAAGUGGGAGUGUUUGUCAAAGUGAAACCUCAGAAUCCAGAACAGGACGUCAAGGUGUCCUUCGUACUGAAACAUGAAUACAGGAACACUGCUAUAGCACUCCCUAGUGAAAACCAGGAGCCUCAGAUUGUCUCCCUUCAGCAUCAAGUCUUCAUCAACUUGGGACCUGUCAAAAAGAAGUGAUGGCCAGGGAUCCUAGAGAUAUGUUUCCCAACAAUUUAUAUAACAUAGAGAGAAAAAAAUACAUCAUGUGCAAUAUGUUAUGAACCUUGAGAUCAUUGAUUAAUUUUAUAUUUAUUCUUGGUUGUAAGGUCUGUAUGUGUAUUUAAUAUCCAUCUACUCUAUGUAAUCAUUGGCUACCAUAUAAAGUUUUCAAUUUGAUAUAGUGGCUUUUGCUGCAAUCCAAAGUAUUAGUUUUGUUAAAGAUACCUAUAAAUAAUAAAGCAGUGUAGCUAAGGUCUAUGAUUAAGUAACAUCCCACUUUUAUGGGAUGAAAAAAAAAUCUGAGAUCCACACCUUUACUUUAAUGUCAGACGAUACGUUCCUCAAAUAUCUGUUUUGUAUAUCUUCGUUAUGUGUAGAAAAUAUUCAAAAUUUUGAUUAUCUUCUGAUUUCUAACUGGUUUCUAAUUGUUUUUGAAAAAUUGAAACACUAAAAAUAUGUGUUAUUGGCUAAUUAAGUUUUUUUCCAAAAGGAUUUUAUAGGAAACAUCAUCCUCUGGUAUCUUGCACAAAUGCCUGGUAAGGUACCUCAAUUUUUUGCGUGUAAAUAUGUUAAAGUAGCAAUACUUCAAAGACAAAAUCUUAGAAAAAAAUUACAAUGUGUAUAUAUUAUUGAGGAACGUAUCGUCUGUCCUUAAAUAAUUUUCUUUUAUCAAGCAGUCAUUUUAUGACUGGAGAGUACUAGUAUUGAAUUACUGAAGAAUCAAACAAGUUUAAAAUUUCAUGUCACUGCUAAAAAUUGUUUUUUGUAUGCAUUAUUGGACACAACAAUGGUCUGUUCCAGAUGGCUUAAUGUUGGUGUAGGUUACAGUGCUUAAUAAUAAAAUUAUUAAAAAUGUUGCAUAAAA